UCUGGGGAAGAGAUAGAGGGAAGCAAGUGACAGAACCAAUUAGAGUACAAAUAGUCUCGACCGCAGAGUCCAGCCACUAUCCUCGCUCCCCUCCCUUGCUGAAGCGACGCCCACCGCCUCUCACACUCUCUCGCGAGGGCUGAGGGGAAACACGCAGGGGAAUUGAGGGCUUUGUGGAGAGCGCUGCCACACGUGCUUCUCGACACCCGCGACACUGACUGGGAACUUUGUGGUGGUCGCCUUGUGAGUGGUGGACUUCUGGUAACAAAAGUUUGGCGAACUUUCUCGGCCAUUCAUCAUUCGUUUUUAUUACCGACAUUGCGAUGGUUUGAAGGAAGGAGGAUUGUGCUUGCGGGAAAUACAUGUACUUGGUAGUUUAUCCCGAGUUUAUGUUAUCUGACGAUCGUUGCGACAGAUAAGUGAGAGGACUAUCUUACUGUUAUGGAGACUCUGAUCAAGAUGGAAAAACCCGGUUCUCCCGAUAGUCAGACACAAACUACGGCCUCCGUCACUCCCUUCUCCAUCACCGACAUUCUCACCCGCAUGGAGAACCGAUCUCCCUCCGACUUGCGUACCACCCCCGACCACCACAGGAGUCUGGCCGACUUGCGGAGCUCCCCCAGCCUGGGCUUCCGGCCGGUAUCUGUGCUCAAGUACAACUCCCCCUCACCCAUGGACCUCUCUAAGGACUCCAUUCAUCCGGAGGUGAGCUCCUCGAUGGAACCUUCGUCAGGAGGCCCCACCAGCGCCUCCAACCACCGGACGGCGGACGGCAGGGAGGCCACAUCAUCUCCCGAAGGCUUCAACCUGCUGGGUCGGAGGAGUAGGUCGACCUCGCCCUGCUCGGAGAUGAGCAUGGAGGAGGUGGACACUGAGCACAGUGAUCGUGAAGACCCUGCUCACGCCACAGGCCACGACAGUGUCUCCAACGAAGGCAAAGGAGACGCCGGAGAGGGUGAGCGCGCCCCGCGGAAGAAACGGUGUCGGGCAGCCUUCAGCCACGCCCAGGUGUUCGAGCUGGAGCGUCGCUUCGCUCACCAGCGCUACCUGUCUGGUCCCGAGAGAGCGGAUCUGGCCCAGGCACUCAAGCUGACAGAACAGCAGGUGAAGAUCUGGUUCCAAAAUCGUCGCUACAAGACCAAGAGGAAACAGCUGGUGGCCUGUGAACCACCUUCCUCCGGCAGACGCGUCGCUGUUAAGGUCCUGAUGCGAGACGACCAGCUGAUUCACGGACCGGACGAGGGUCUACCCCGGCCGCCCCUCCUGCUGCCCUCCCUCGCCUCCCUCAGCACACUCAGCUCACUGGGGUCGCUAGGGAUCCCGCCCUAUUGCUACUACCCGUACCUCUGCCCGCCGCCUCACACAGGGAGCACCGCCGCCGCCCUUUCUUCCCUGCCUCACCUGCCUCAGCUCUCAGCCCUCUCACCCGCUUCCCUCUCCUCUCUCUCCUCAUCACUCUCCUCUCUCACUUCUUCACUGUUACCCCCACACGCCCACAGUGCAGCGUCCUCGCCCACGCCAACAGUUUCCACCAGCGGAGGCGCUUCAGGAGGGAUGACGAGGCCUAACCCGCAGCCGCCCUCCCCACCUCGCCCCUGAUUCGCCUCCUACACCUGAUGUAUCCUCAACAUACACUCCCUCAGCGCUGCUCCCUCCCUCCCUUCCUCCCUCCCACACCCUCCUCUAGCACCCACCAAGCAGUAACCACCUUCACCGCCUCCUGCAGUAUCUGGAGUGAAGACAGUGACCACAACGAACCUACUAGUCAGAAACCAGAAGACAAUCUCGCUUCUAAAUAUGACGCUAUUAUGAUGUGAGAGAAAAAACAGUCUAACCUGAAACAGAAAAGCUUCCGAAAGGAAGAAGAAAGCAACGUGUCUCGAGGCUGAGUUGUAAACCUUGAUACGAGCGUUGGUUUAGCCAGUGUUUUCAAGCCUCUGCCUCCCAUUAAGUGUCGGGAAUGUCAUUCCUCUGAGGUGAAUUUGGUGAGUGAGAAAAAAAAAGAUAGUGUGUUUCUGGUCGUCCACUGGAGUGAUACUCAUAAACUCUUUAAGGCAUCUUACAGUGGACGUAGCGGGCGGGUGCUGACGGCAGGAGGACCAAGAGGUAGUCACAGUAAAGUUCUCACCACACACAGCCGUAGCUGCCCUCACCUCACUAGCGAGUAAUAUAAGUUUAUAGAAAAAGUAGUGUUAUAGGCAAGACUACAAAACUAAGAAAAAAUAUAUGUAUAGUAUAAUGAUAAUAAUACUGAUAAUGAAAGAACAUUAUAUAUGAAUAAACAACCUACCUAUUUAACCCUGUAUAUUAAGUGACUAUUGUUUUGUCUAAAUAAAUUCAGUAUUUUCACAUCUUGAUUUUUUUCCCGACGUAUAGAGAGAAAAUGGUGUACAUAUAUAAGAUGAAAUAUGACGGUGUCGUAAGACUGUUUUGUGGUUGAGGUGGACGAGUGUAUCAUGUUGCUGAACCAAAUAUUUGGUCCAUAAGGUGAGCCACGUUCCCCAGGGAAGUGUAUGGGAGCUCUAUCAGGAGAGAAUGUUAGCCCCCCUCCUCCUCCCCCUCCUCUUCCCGUCAUCACCCCUUCCUCAUCCACUCAUUUACCAACCCCCUUCCUCCUCCGACCCUAGCCGAGAUCACCCCUCUACCUAUAUAAAACCCCAAAACUCACCCCUGAUCACAUAAUAUAUUACCACUGGGGAAUACGUGGUAAGGGAACUGCAGCCUCUUCCAUGGACCACAGAUUCUCAGGUGAAGGCAAGAGCCCCCUGAAGAAACCGUGACUGUGUACCUUCACAAUGCUUCAGGGAGAUCAUGACUCAGCACGGUGACGAGUGAACGUGGCUCUCUAGGAGGACGAGGGGCAGUGAGACAUCUUUGUCUAUGAUACAUAUCUCUUUUUAACGAUUAUUAUUCUCCUUGUAUGUUGUAAAAUAUACUCCACUGUUGAUGUUG